UAGUGAUGGAGGAAAGGGAGGGGGGGAGCUGCUGUCGUCAGAGGCUGGGCACUGCGCAGGCUCUGUGCGAGCUGUGUUGGCUGCCUAUUGAUUGGAAAACAACGAGCUGUGGGAGGACGGAGUCGGGCGGCUGUGGGCUAGCGGGUGUGGGAAGGGACACAGACCAGAACUCAAAGCACGCUGCAGUCUUCACCUCCCUGAUUCUGUAUUUUUCUCUUUCCUCCUGGAAUAAGUGUGACGGCUGCGGCUCAUAUGUUUGGCUUUCGGGAGGCUUAGGCACAGAUUCUUCCUCGUCUGAGAAGAUCCCUCCUACACACCGAGCCAUAACAACAGCAGCACCUCUACUGCAGGGCACAAUGGAAGCCCCUCUUGUGUGUUUGGAUGAGGAGUUUGAGGACCUCCGGCCCUGCCGCAUGGAUGAGCUGGACCACCCAGUGCUCAAACACUCCUCUUACUCCACCACCACCACCGUCCCCCUGGCCUCCAUCACCCGCGAGGACUUCUCUGAGCUGGAGAACUUCUCCGAGAUGAUGAGCUUCAAGUCGAUGGAAGACCUGGUCAACGAGUUUGACGAGAAGCUCAACGUUUGCUUCCAUAAUUACAACACCAAAACGGAGGGCCUGGCGCCCAUACGCAACCAGUCCCACAGCCAGGAGGACGAGGAGAGGCUGCAGGACGAAGAUGUGUGGGAUGCUCUUACUGACAACUACAUCUCUACCUGGGACGGCACCGACUCAGAGGGACUCAACGGCAAUCUUUCUGACCAGGAGAUCCACGAAAAAGAGGAUGAGGAGAUGAAUGAGAAGAAUGACAAUGCCAACUGCCUGAAGGACGAGCCUCUCAUCACAGCUGAUCAGGUCAUUGAGGAGAUAGUCGAGAUGAUGGAGAACUCUCCAGAUCCAGGUGAAACGGAGGAAGAGGAGGAUGAAGAGGAGAGCAGCCCUUGUUCCGUGACCAACCCCUCCCUGCUGGAGGAGAUCAGGGAGCUGUCGCAGGCCUCCAACAAUAACUGCUCCUAUGAAGGCCUGAGCCUGAUGCCCAGCUCCGCUCUGGUGGAGCUGCUGGACCGGGUGGAGGCGGCCAUCCGCCAGUACUCAGAGGAGCUGGUCAGCCAGCUGGCUCGGCGGGAGGAGCUAGAGUUUGAGAAAGAGGUGAAGAACACGUUCAUCACGGCCCUGAUGGAGGUGCAGAACAGGCAGAAGGAGCAACGGGACAGCAGCAAACGCAGACGCCGGGACAAGGCCCUGAGCCUGCAGGGAGGGGGGACGCCACCGGUGAACGGAGGGAACACAGCCUCCACGGAGAAGACAGGGAACAUGCCUGUCAAGCGUUUCAGCAUGGAGGGCCUGUCUAACAUCCUGCAGACGGGCAUCAGACAAACAUUUGGAAGCACAGGGAAUGAGAAACAGUAUCUAAACACAGUUAUUCCAUAUGAGAAGAAAGGCACCCCUCCAUCUGUUGAUGACCUACAGAUGCUCACAAAAAUUCUGUAUGCCAUGAAGGAAGACAGUGAGAAGGUGCCUACACUGCUAACUGACUACAUAUUGAAAGUCCUAUGUCCUACCUAAAGCCCCCAGCCCAGAGGUCACAGUGUGACUAAGGAUCUUUCCAACCCUCCUCUGGCCCGAGCUGCAUGACAUCCCCCCCCAUCUCUAACCAUUAUCAACCAUGGAUCCUCACCAUCGACAUUAUUGUACUCAACUCAUCUAGGACUACUGCCUUUUGCUGAGCUCACCUUCUCCUGUCCUGCACAUUAAGCUCAGGCCAGACCCAAAAUUCCCGCCCUCUGAAUAGUUAAACAAGCGGGACAGCCUAUCCCACUUUUAAAGGGACUUCACUAAUGGAGCAUGACAUGUUAUUACAUAUCACAACACCACUUUGGUACAGGGAUACAUUACUGUUGCUUUCCUUUUGUUCCUCUAACAGAAUCUCAAUAAUGCCAGGUUGUGACGUUUCUAUUCAUAAACUGACCUGUAUUCAUUGAUUUAUAAGAACUAACUACACUGUAAAAUACAUGAAAUGUUAUACUACAUCUAUAAGUGAUCAUCUCCCCUUAUUGUUUCAGAUGAAACAAAAGCCAUGCGCCUUGUUCUGCCAACUUAGUACUGUAGCUCUACUAUUACGGGUGCAGUGCAUUAUCAAGCUUUUUAUUGUUUCCCUAUCUGAAUAUCGAGUACUCCUUUUGAAAUUUAUAUCGGAAUAUUUGAUAUAAACUGUGGAUUUUUAUUUACUGUCAUUUCAGUGAAAGGCCUCAUUCAGUUCUGUGGAGGUGUAUCAUUGGGUUUAUAUCGGAUAAACUAUAUCAUCCCCUGAUGAGAUGGGCUCAUUUGCAUAUUAAUGAUUUCCUUUGUGCCAUGUAGGUGAAUGUCACAUCGCUAAAUGCAAAUUCUAAUAAACAUUCUACCCUUGCGGUGACUGAA